AUGGCCGGACACGCCCCCCUCGACCCUGCCAUUGUCAGGGCAGCUGAAAUGCACUCGAAGAGGCACCUGUACUUCCGAUGGACCCCUAGGACUGCCAGGAUCACCCUCAUGUACGUCGUGGUGGUGCCCUCGAUUAUCGGAUAUCUCGCCUACAAGACGGACGGUCUCUGGGAUUUCCGAGCGAAGAGGAGGGGCGACACUGUCUACGAGCGAUAA